AUGAAGAUCGCCGGUCAUACUUUGGCAAUUCUGCCGCUCAUUGCUCCAGUGUUCGCCGCUGCCUCAGAAAUAUGUUUGACUCAGCUUGGCUUGAAAUCAGUCAAAUCAGUGCCGACAUACACUUCGACCGCAACCGCAGCUGCCCCAACGACUACCGUGUUCGUGUACAAGACGAGUACGCAUUACCUCGGCGCUUGGUAUACGGUCACGACAACCAAGACCGCAGUCGUAACAGCGACAGCAAGUCCUGUUACGGACAUUGUCACAUCGACAUCAACUGCUUUCUCUACAAGCACGCAGGUCACGACAUCUUCCAUUACGAUCACAAGUACAAACACGCAAACUUCUUAUACGACGCCGACGACGACGAUCGCCACUACCGCUGGCUUCCAGAAUAUCCAGGACACCGAAAACUCCUUCACCCUGGCGAAAAAAAAGAGAAGUUUUCCAGUGCAUGCACCACGCGCUGUAUCGAAGGUUGGCCUCGCGGCCUCCGAGUACCCCAGCGUCGUGCAAUGUACCACAACUGUCCCCAAUCGAAACACUAUUACGUCGACUUCCACGGUGCACGUCGUUAAAUCAGUGCCCUAUUUCGAAUUCAGCACAACUACUACGCUCACUACUCAGACCACAACGACCAGCUACCCGCCCGAUGUGACUUCGAUCUCAACAACGACGAGCACUUCAACUAUCGCUACAACGAGCACGCAAUUGGCGUACCAAACCAUUGCAACAACUUCGACUUACACAUCAUAUAUCCCAGGCCCAACUGUGUACGAUGUUUGUAAUCCCAACAACCAAUUUGGUCCCACGUUCACGAACCAAGGACAAUCGUAUUAUGUCGACAAUGUGGAAAACAAUGGCCCGAACGUGGGCGCCAUCUUCGCCAUCGUCGCAGAUGGAGCCGAUUCUUUCUUAGAAUGCUGCAACGCCUGCAUGACGGCCGGGUCGUGCGAGAAUUUCCUCUACCGCGCACAGAACCAGAACUGUUUCAUCAUGUACCACCAAGGAGAGACGUGCUCGUCGCAGGCCAACCACCCUAACAUUAUGUUGUCGGCUAUUGGAAGUGACCCAGGCAGUGGAUACCAAGUAGGAAAUGGGAACUGUGGUUUUGGAUACAGCGGCAACUCUGAUGGCUCUGUGUUCCCUGUGGACCAGUGA